ACGAUUUCCGUGGGGUCGAUACACUUUUGAUCGAAUAGUUGAUCAAGUGCGAAAGAGUCUCGGUGCGAAACCAAAGACAAAAUGGCAUUGUCCGGGGUUUAUAAUCCCUCUAAUGGGUAUUAAAAGUAUUCUACAAGUGGGAAAGGAUGAAGAAGCACUUCUGUAUGAUCUGGAGAAUUACAAGGGAAGUAGUGAUCCAAAUAUCAGUGUAUGGAUGCAACAUUUGCAGUUGAAUCCGCAAAGCAUUUAUUGGGAUAGCAUUUUGAGCUUGAUGCCAGAUGCAGAACUUCUUUGAAAAAGGGAAAAGCUAAGAUAGUUGAAGAAGAUGAUGAUGAAGAAAUAGAAGAAGAACAAGAAGAAAUUCAAGAAGAAGAGACUCAGGUUGAGGGAACCUCCAAGAAUGCGAGGAUCAGCAGUUUCAAGAGUGGAUGCAUUAGAGAAGUUCAUUAAGCAGGAGAUCAAAGCAUCCGAGGCGAGGAUCAUUGAUCACAUGGGUCAAGCGAUCCAAGCAUCUGAGAUGAGGUUAAUUGCUUGUCUUAAAGAUAUUCUGAAACAGUCUGGUCAUUUCUCUGCGAACUAUUCGUAUAGAGUGCAACCUAGGAAUGAUGAUGUGUGGGGGGACACUGCAACUUCUAAAGACCAUACUGGAGGAGCGGAUGUUUUUAUGGAUGUCCCUCAAACUGGGAAUGUUGAUGUGGAUCUCCGUGAAGCUGUUGAGAAAGGUGACAAGGCUGCGAAUGAUGAUGUGGAUCUUCCUCAAGCUUCUGAGCAGGGUUCUAAGGCUGACAAUGCUGAUGUGGAUAUCCCUCAAGCUUGUGACGAGGGUUCUAAGGGUGAGAAUACUGAUGUGGAUCUGCCUCAAGCUUGUGACGAGGGUUCUAAGGGUGGGAAUGUUGAUGUGGAUCUGCCUCAAGCUUGUGACGAAGGUUCUAAGGGUGAGAAUGUUGAUGUGGAUCUCCCUCAUGCUUGUGAGGAGGGUUUAGAGGCUGAGAUUGUUGAUUUGAAUCUCCCAAAACUUUCUGAAACCCCAAUAGAAGGCCAGGAUGACAUAGCCCCAUCUAAACCCCAAAGGAAGUCUCUCAAGCAGUCCUAACGUCUGGUACCGCAGAAGGUAACUCUAGCUCUGAAUCUUCAUCACUCAGAUUUCCUUUGAAAAGAAAACAAAGACAAGGGCCCGCAAAAAGAAGUCCAUAUGUUGAACCAAAAUCGAGUGAACCCCCUGCAAAGAAUAAACGUUGCAAGACACUUGUCAGAGGUAGAGGAAGAAUGGGAAGGGGGAGAGGAAGGAGCAGAAGAAGUAGCGGAGGCAGGGGUACACAACAACAUGAAGAACCAAAGAAACCAGAAUCAGAAUGCGAAGAAUCUGAGGUUGCAUACUUUGUCUGACAACCUGAAGGAGUUAAUGGUGACAACCUCGUAAGGACGACAUCCUUUCUUUCAUCAUCCACUCUAAAAGCGAGCAUUCUUUGGAAAUUUAUGAAUAUGUCCCGAGAGAAAAGGCUAUGGAAGUCUAAUUUGAAUGCAACUAGAGAUUCAAAGUUUUUUGAAACUAUUUUGGAGGGCGGAAAAUGGCUCACUGAUGAGCAUAUAGAAGAGGCAAUGUGUGCGUUUCGGUGCAACUAUUCGAAGUACUCCAGUAAAACUGUGAUCUCUAACUGUUGCAUAUGUGAUCUAUACUUCUCGAAGACCAUCAUGCGGUGGGAAGAGAGUAGGGACCUGUUCAAGCUGGGUUGUCUUGAGAAAUACUUCUCCGGAAAAUGUCCAGUUGGAGGUGUACGUAAGCCGUUGCAGAAGUAUGAUGUUCUUCUAACUGUUGUGAACAUCCCUUCACCCGCACUGCCAGAAAACCCCAAGAUUCCCUAUCAUAGGGUUGCCAUUAAAGUGGAUAUGAGGGACAAAGUACUUAAAGUAUACAAUUGCCAACCGAGACUGCGGGAGAAUGUGGAUAAGGUUGUUCAGAAGUUAGCUCAUCUCAUACCGCAUGCAUACAUCCUUGCUAAGACAAAAUUGUUCCGUGAAGGAGAUUUGAUUGAGGUUCAGUGCAAGAUUGGGCUUCAUGAAAAUGCAACAGGUUCUGAUUCCGGUGUCUAUGCUGCAAAAUACGUGGAGGGAAUAAUGUUGAACAAGGGAGCAUAAUUCAUGUCGAUAUGCGAUGGGACCAUACCAUUGAUCCGUGAAAAAUUGGCUAUCGAUAUAUUUUGUAAUGGUAAAACUGUGAACUGACCCGUUAUUUAU